CCAGCCAAACGCGGCACAGCGGGAUGCUGCUACCAUGGCUUGUGUGGCGGCUGGGGUUUUUGGGGUGCGAAUAUUGUGAGGGUGCACAAUGUGAGGGAUAAUAGGGAUGCUGUUAGGGUCUGCGAGGCGUUGAUGCGGAGAAACUUAUGUUUUUUUUUUUCAGGAGAUGAGAUGACAAGGGUCAUUUGGAAAUUUAUUAAAGACAAGUUGAUUUUCCCUUUCUUGGAGUUGGAUAUAAAGUACUUUGACCUCGGUCUUCCUCAUCGUGAUGCCACAGAUGAUAAUAAAGUUACUAUUGAGAGUGCUGAAGCUACUCUCAAGUAUAAUGUAGCGAUUAAGUGUGCUACAAUCACUCUAGAUGAAGCUCGUGUGAAGGAGUUUGGCUUGAAGAGUAUGUGGAAGAGUCCGCAGCUCGUUUGCAGCUCGAAGUUUUAGAUCAGUAAGAAAUUAGCUUUGAUGAUAAUCCGAAGCGUAAAGCAACAGAUCACAGGUGAAGAUAUUGAUUUCGGGCUUUCAGGUGCCAGAAUCGCUUGCUCUAGAUACCAUAUUGAAUUCAAUUUUCGAGGUAAGACAUUUUGAGCUAAUGUUUAUUUCUGGUAAAACUCAAAAUGGAAGAUGUACAGUGUCGACCUAUAUAAAGGUCUUAUGUUCUCAGAUUACACGCAACAACAAAACGACAUCGUUUUGUUGUGAAAGGAAAAACACAUUACACUAAUAGAAUCGCAAACUCGCUUAUGACUAAUAAGCGGCUAAUAAAAGCAAAAGAAAAAUAUCGAAAGAAAAUAACAAAGCAGCAACACGAUAGCAGCAUGAUGAGAUGUCUUCACAAGCCAUGCACGAUCAAACACAAUUCCAACAAUAUUCCAAGAAGUUUAUGAAUCUAGCUGGAAAUCGAAGUUUGAGGAAGCAGGAAUCUGGUGAGAGUUUCUGUUCUUAAAUUUUCAGAGGGAUACAUUAGUUUUAAGAAUUUGAUGAUAAGUUUUAAGAAUGAUAGAGGAACAAAAGGAAAUCAAAUGUCUUGUAUAGACUUCAUGAUUCAUGAUUGGGUAGACAAGGCCUAGAAUCUAUGAUCUAAACAAAGGGUAACCUUGCUCGAGGCUUAAAUAAGUUGAAUUAAGUAAACACAUUAACAACACCAAUCUCAAUAUUCAUGUCAAAGAUUACAUAAAAGGGAGAAAUCGACCAUAUCAGUGACUUGCAUUACUGAUAUCGAUUUUUUUACCGUUAAAAAAUUUAGUGACUGCUUUAGUGACUACAGAUCAACCACAUAAAAGAAAUAUGUUUUUAUCUGAUUUUAACUGUCUGUUAUUAUUUUGAUUGAUGCUGAUUAGUCAAAUUUGAUUGUUUCUCAGUGGCUCAUCAAAUUCUAUUUGCUAGCAUGUAAAUUAAUGUUCAAUGAAAUAAUAUUGCAUAGUUUUGAGAUAUAACAUUGUUAAUAAAAAGAGAGAUUACACAUCUGCAAAAAUCAUCAGUGCCAUUUGAAAUUAGAAAGUUGAGUUAUGGAGUAUAGUGCUAUUCCAAAAGAUACGGUCAAAACACAAUUAGGGCUCCUUGUAAAGCACCUCUUAUAUUAUAUUGUUUGUUGUAUUUUUGGGAUUGUUGAUAACUGAGUAUCCAACUCGUGUGGUUCUCAAAGGAAGACUAUUCAGAGUUUUGUUCACUAAUCAAUUGUUAUAUUAUUAAUAGCUUCAGUGAAUGAUUUCGUUUUCUCGCUCUCGCCUUUCAUUUUUUUUUUUUUUUUUUUUUUUUUUU